GCGAGACUUGUCAUGCUAGUCUGGAAUAACUCUGAACUCUGUAUUGCGUGGCCGCAAAGAGCUCCUCUUGUCUGUCAUGCAAAAACGCAGUUUCUCAGGCGCGGCACGCAUCUCUGAACUACGGAAAAACUUGUCAUGCUAGGGGGCGCAUGACAGUGUGCUCACUAUUUCCUUUCUUGCAUCACAAGUUUCCAGACAUCCAGAGAUUUUUGCAGUUCAUAAGCACCAGCAGGACACAAUAAAGCACACGGAGGAGGAAAAGAGGGAUUU